ACAGCUGGAGAUUUCUGCCAUGGCAACUGAGCUGGAGUUCACACCACCGGAAAUCCCAGAGCCAACCUUCAUGGAGAACAUCCUACACUAUGGCCUGUUCUUUGGAGCCAUUUUCCAGCUCAUCUGUGUAUUGGCCAUAAUCCUUCCCAUUCCAAAGUUGCAUAAAACCGAUACAGAAGGCUUUGAGUCAAAAAGUGCAGAAGUGGUGAAAAAAACCAAAGCUGCUGCUGCAUCAGCGAGCAAGAAACCAAAAAAAGAAACAAAGAAGAAACGAUAGAACGGUUUUGU